AUGAUUGACGAACGGCUCAGCUUCAAAAACCACGUUGAGUAUGUGUGCAGGAAGGCGGCAACAGCAACGGCCGCACUUUCGAGGAUAAUGGCGAACAAUUCGGGAAUCCGAAGUAGUCAGCGGAGGGUAAUUUCGAGUGUGGUUUCGUCAAUCUUUCGAUAUGGAGGGGCGGCCUGGAAAUCUGGCCUUAACAUCCAGUGUAACCAGCAGAAGCUGAGCAGUGUACAGAGCCGAAUGAAUUUGCGGGUCAUCAGUGCAUACUGCACCGUUUCGUCGAAGGAUGCAUGCGUUGUAGAAGAAGUCAUGCUCGUCUCAGUUUUGCUGGUGGAGGACUCCUAUCGCUACAAAAAUAAAGGCACGCAAAGCCAAGGAUGGCCAUGGCCAUGGCCAACUGACAGCAGCUGUGGUACAGCUCAAAAAGAGGAAGAACAUCAAGGAAAGUAUCACCACAGGUUCGGACAUGUCGCCUCACUGGUCUGGCUGACAUGCGGUGAAGCGGGCGAGGCACCCGAACACGUGGUAUUCUAUUGUCCAAAAUUUGAAGAGAAACGUGCCUGCGGACUAGACACGACAGCUGACGACAUGUUGCAAAAGAUGUGUGAUGACAUCAACACUUGUCAUGUAGUCUGCGAUGGGCUCGUCCGGAUAAUGACUGAUCUGCAAAGGAGUUGGACAAGUACCCGUAUUAAUCAACUGUUCCAGAAAUUAUAA